AUGAAGCUCUUCGUAUUCGUUCUAUUCGCUCUUUUAAUACAUACGAUCAACGGUAAUGUAUUCAGUCGAAAAUGCGAGUGUAAAGCUGUGUCGAACACAGUGCAUGUUCCGUUCCAUUCAUGGAAGAUUUCAUCGUGCAAGUUCUGUUCAUGCAGGAAUGCAGCUAUGAUCAAUUGUGAACAAGCUUGUAAGACAAUGGUGGAAACCUAUGCCCGGACAGGUUGUGGAAAAACUGUUAAAGGUAGUAAAGUGAAAUAUUCCUGGAAAGCGAGUUCGUGCUCAAGUGGUGUGAGCACUGUAGAAUAUACAUGCGCUUAA